AUGGUGUUACUCAGAGGUUUUAUUUUUCUCUUAAUCCUGUACCUGCCGCACAAAUCAAAUACUUCCUUCGUUAGGCUGAAUGGCAAUGGUUAUGAAGACGUUAUCAUUGCUAUAGAUCCUGGUGUGCCAGAAGAUGAAAAAAUAAUUGAACAAAUAAAGGACAUGGUGACUACAGCUUCUACUUACCUGUUUGAAGCCACAGAACAAAGACUUUUUUUCAAAAAUGUAUCUAUAUUAAUUCCUGAGAAUUGGGGGGAAAAUUCUCAGUACAAGAGGCCAAAACAUGAAAACUACAAACACGCUGAUGUUAUAGUUGCACCACCUACCCUCUCAGGGGGAGAUGAGCCAUACACCAGGCAGUUCACAGAAUGUGAAGAGAAAGGAGAAUACAUUCAUUUCACUCCUGACGUUGUACUUGGAAAAAAACAAAAUGAAUAUGGACCAACAGGUAGACUGUUUGUCCACGAGUGGACUCAUCUCCGAUGGGGAGUAUUUGAUGAGUACAAUGAAGAUCAGCCUUUCUACAGCUCUACGUCGAAAAAAAUCGAAGCAACAAGGUGUACCUCAGGUAUCUCUGGUACAAAUAGUGUUUAUACGUGUCAAGGAGGCAGCUGCUACACUAGAACGUGCAGAACUAAUUCUACAACAAAACUGUAUGAAAAAGAUUGUCAAUUCUUCCCUAAUAAAGUUCAAACAGAAAAGGCAUCUAUAAUGUUUAUGCAAAGUAUUGAUUCCGUCUCUGAAUUCUGUAAUGAGAAAAACCAUAACCAAGAAGCUCCAAGCCUACAGAACAUAAAGUGCAAUUUCAGAAGUAUAUGGGAAGUGAUCAGCAAUUCUGAGGAUUUUAAAAACACCACACCUUUGGUGGCACCACCCUCUCCACCUGCCUUCUCAUUGCUGCAGAUCAGUCAAAGAACUGUGUGCUUAGUUCUUGAUAAGUCUGGAAGCAUGGGAAAUUAUGACCGGCUCAAUCGAAUGAAUCAAGCAGCAAAAUAUUUCCUGCUGCAGGUUAUUGAAAAUGAAUCCUGGGUGGGGAUGGUUCACUUUAGUAGUACUGCCAGUGUUGAAAGUCAGCUGAUCCAAAUAACAAACAGCAGCCAAAGAAACAAGCUCGUGGAGAGUUUACCUACAGCAUCUGGGGGAGGAACUUCCAUCUGCUCUGGAAUUACAAAGGCAUUUGAGGUGAUUAAAAAUCGAUUCACCCAACUAGAUGGAUCUGAAAUAGUGCUGCUGACUGAUGGGGAGGACAGCUCUGCAGGGAGUUGUACUGACGAAGUGGGACAAAGUGGGGCCAUCAUUCAUUUCAUUGCUCUGGGGGAGUCUGCUGAUACAGCAGUAAUAGAAAUGAGUGAUAUAACAGGAGGAAGCCAUUAUUAUGCUUCAGAUGAAGCCCAGAACAAUGGCCUCAUUGAUGCUUUUGGGGACCUUACAUCAGGAAACGCAGAUCUCUUCCAGAAGUCAAUUCAGGUCAGAGCAUCAUGCAUGACACUAGUUGGAAUGCCCUAUCUGAACUACCUCAACUCUCAUCCUUUUACCCUUAAAACUCUUAAAAACUUGUUUAUUCUGCUUUACACAUAUAUGAUUUAUUUUAGAAUUGGAAAAAUUCUGAAUUUUAAUGGAACUUCUAAUAGAAACACAUAAAUUAGCUUGAGUCUGGAUACUUACUAUAUUUCCAUUGAAACUUUGGUGGGCAUUUGGACUUAUAGUCUUCAAGCAAAACAAGAUCCAGAAACAUUAACUAUUACAGUAACUUCUCGGGCAGCAAAUUCUUCUGUGCCUCCAAUCACAGUGAAUGCUAAAAUGAAUAAAGAGACAAACAGCUUCCCCAGCCCAAUGAUUGUUUAUGUAGAAGUUCUACAAGGAUAUGUACCUGUUCUUGGAGCCAAUGUGAUAGCUUUCAUUGAAUCACAGAGUGGAAAUACAGCAGUUUUGGAACUUUUGGAUAAUGGUGCAGGGGAAAUUGAAGCAAACCCACCAAGAUCUGAAAUUGAUGAGAAUACUCAGACUUCCUUGGAGAAUUUCAGCAGAACAGCAUCUGGAGGUGCAUUUGUGGUAUCACAAGUUCCAGGUCUUCCCUUGCCUGACCUGUACCCACCAAGUCAAAUCACAGACCUUGAGGCCACACCUCACGGAGAUGAGAUCACUCUAACAUGGACGGCACCAGGAGAUGAUUUUGAUGUUGGAAAAGUUCAAUAUUACAUCGUGAGAAUAAGUGGAAGUAUGCUUGAUCUAAGAGACAAUUUUGAUGAUGCUCUUCAAGUAAACACUAGUGAUCUGGUACCACAUGAGGCCAACUUCAAGGAAACCUUUUCAUUUAAACCAGGACAUAUCUCAGAAGAAAAUAUAACCCACAUAUUUAUUGCCAUUAAAAGUGUAGAUAAAAGCAAUUUGACAUCAAAAAUAUCCAACAUAGCACAAGUAGCAUUGUUUAUCCCUGAAGCGGAUCCUAGCCCUGAUGAAAAUUAUCCUAAUCCUAAUCCUGAUCCUGAUAAAAAUCAUCAUAAUUCUGGAGUUAAUAUUUCUGUACUGGUGUUGUCAGUGGCUGGGUCUGUUAUAGUUGUUACUAUUAUUGUAAGUAUUACUAUUUGUAUCUUAAAGCAGAGACAACCUUCAAGUAUACCUAGAACAGGGUUUUAA